CUGCCCGGCGGCCCGCAGUGCGCAUGCCCGGGUGGAUCGGUGCGGGAGCUGCAGCCGGGCGACAUGGUGCUGGACCUCGACCUGUUCCGUGUGGACAAGGGCGGCGACCCCGAGAUCGUCCGCCAAAACCAGACCCAGCGUUUCAAGGACGCGUCGCUGGUCGACCGGCUGGUGGAGGUGGACACGGAGUGGAGGAAAUGUCGGUUCCGUGCAGACAACUUAAACAAAUUGAAAAACCUUUGCAGCAAAACAAUUGGUGAAAAAAUGAAGAGGAAGGAACCUGUUGGUGAAAGUGAUGUGCUUCCACAAAACACACAGAACCUGGAUGAUCUCAAUGCUGACAUUUUAUGUGGUUCAACUGUAACUCAGAUCAAGAAAAUACGUGUCCUCAUUGAUGAAGCCAUUGGAAAAUGUGACAAUGAACGGCUGAAACUGGAAGCCCAAAGAAUGGUCAGUCUGAGGGAGAUUGGUAACAUCCUGCAUCCCUCUGUACCCAUCAGCAACGAUGAGGAUGCAGAUAAUAAAGUGGAGCAAACAUGGGGAGAUUGUGCAUCCAGAAAGAAAUACUCUCACGUUGACUUGGUGGUAAUGGUCGAUGGUUUUGAGGGAGAGAAAGCAGCUGUAGUGGCCGGGAGCCGAGGCUAUUUCCUGAAGGGUCCUUUGGUGUUUCUUGAACAAGCUCUGAUCCAGCAUGCUCUGCGGAGCCUGAGCAGCCAGGGGUACACUCCACUCUAUACACCGUUCUUCAUGAGAAAAGAGGUGAUGCAAGAAGUUGCACAGCUUAGUCAGUUCGAUGAUGAACUCUACAAGGUAAUCGGAAAGGGCAGUGAGAAAUCGGAAGACAGUUCAAUUGAUGAGAAAUACUUGAUUGCUACUUCCGAGCAGCCAAUUGCAGCUUUCCACAGGGAUGAAUGGUUGAAGCCCGAGGAUCUUCCGAUUAAGUACGCCGGGUUCUCCACAUGCUUCCGGCAGGAGGUGGGCUCCCACGGCAGGGACACCAGGGGCAUCUUCCGUGUUCACCAGUUUGAGAAGAUCGAACAAUUUGUUUUUGCAUCCCCUCAUGAUAAUAAGUCAUGGGAUGUGUUUGAGGAAAUGAUUAAAACUGCUGAAGAUUUCUACCAGUCACUAGGCAUUCCUUACCGCAUUGUAAAUAUUGUCUCAGGUGCACUGAAUCAUGCUGCAAGUAAGAAGUUGGAUUUGGAAGCCUGGUUCCCUGGAUCUGCUGCCUACCGGGAAUUGGUAUCAUGCUCAAACUGUACAGAUUACCAAGCACGGCGGCUACGGAUCAGAUAUGGACAAACCAAAAAAAUGAUGGAUAAAGCUGAAUUUGUGCACAUGUUAAACGCCACGAUGUGUGCCACGACCCGUGUCAUCUGUGCCAUCCUCGAGAACUAUCAGACUGAAGAUGGGGUGGUGAUACCGGAAAGUCUAAGACCCUACAUGCCACCAGGUUUGACUGAAAUGAUCAAGUUUGUUAAGCCAGCACCUAUCGACCAGGAACAAUCAAAAAAACAGAAAAGGCAGCAGGAAGGAAACAAGAAGAAACCUGCAUUCUCUGACACCAGUUUGGAAAAUAAAGUACAGAACAUGUCUGUCAACAAUUAAUGAAUGCUUUCAAUUAAAUGGUUAACUUAUAAUCAGUGUCGGUAUUGUCCAAAUUAACUACAUGUGGAUGGCUUGCUUGCAAAUGGCGUCCAUAUUAAGUAAAACGGGAAGUGCAUCAUGUAUGUGGUGAUAAUGUUCACUCAUCGACAGGUCAUUUAGUGGAACAGGUUUUAUGGGAGUAAAUAUGUUCGGAAUUUAGAAUGUUAUCUCUUGAAUGAUUUGCAAUAAUAAACAGCU